AUUUGCGGCCGACCGUAGUGAACUACUGCUAGCAAUGAAACGAGCAGACCAGCACAAUGGACUUAUCACGAAUUUGGCGCUUGGAGGCGAUGUUCAAUUUUUCGAUUGAUAUCAGUGAUUUUCUUGCAUGCCGAUAUAAUGUGUUUGUGACAGGGCCUAUAAUUCUUACCCUUUCUUAAAUUCAAAAAAUUUUAAUUAUCUUUCUGAAUCAAAUGAAUUAAUGUCAAAAAUGUAAUGGAUAUUUUCUAGAAAAAGCAAAUGGAAUUGAGACCUGUUGAAGUAUCCGAUAAUUCUCGUCAAAAGCUACGCGAUCUUAAAGCACAGCUAAGUUUUCUGCCCCGAGCUGAUGGCUCCUGUGCUUUGGAACAAGGUACCACUGUGAUAUGGUGCGGAAUCAAUGGUCCUGGUAAUGUCUCUUCCUCGAAACGACUCAGUGAACGACUCGUCAUUGAUAUUCUUUAUAAGCAUGCUCAUGGGCUAAAGAAUUCUGUUAAGAUUAAUCGAUUAUUGGGUGCUGCGUUGAAACACAGCGUUGACCAUGUUCAUUAUCCUCGUGUUGUUCUGAAUGUCACCCUGCAUUUAUUACAGGAAGGUGGCUGUGAGGCAGCUGCAGCUCUAAAUGCCGCUUGUUUGGCAGCUCUUGACUUAGGCAUUAUUAUGAAUGGAAUGUUUUGUGGAAUUACUGUAGCAACUUCUCAAGGAAAUCUCAUCUUGGACCCAAUCUGUCCACAGUGCUGUUCUGCAGAUGCAGUCUACACAUUUGCAUUUUAUUCGAGUGGCAAAGAAUCGACGAAAACGGUGGCUUGCGAUACAGAUGGAACAUUCGAGUAUGGUACAUUUGAAGCUGCAAGAACACUGGCUAAGCAAGCAUCUGCUGAUAUUUUCUUAUUUUACCGAGAAAUUUUGCAAAGAAAACUUAGCGUCGACAUUUAGGAGUAGGGUAAUACUCUCUUUCAAUCAUUAUCGUUCAGUUCACUUUGUUUGAUCUCGGUGUAAUUCAAUGAUUUCUUCUUUGUUCGAAGUUAUUGGAUAAAGAAGCAUAAUUAAAUUUCUUGUAUGGUACAUUUCUUAUGUAAUAAAGAUACUAAAGCAACGGUACUAAAUAAACUGGAGGAAUCGUGGUGUGGUAAUUGCAUAACAGUUUCCUC